AUGACCUCUAGCACUAAUAAUAUUAUCCAAAUUCGAGGUCAAGAUUUUGCGGUUGGUAAUCGUUUUGUUAAUUUAAAAUAUCUUGCAUCUGGUGCUUAUGGAAUGGUGGUAUCGGCGUUUGAUUCUCAAACACUUACAAAUAUUGCUAUAAAAAAGAUUUCGCCAUUUCUUUCAAAGAUAAAUUGUCAACGAACAUUACGUGAAAUUCGAAUACUUCAACGACUUAAACAUGAAAAUAUAAUCAAUAUAAUAGAAAUUCUUAAACCAACAUCAUUAGAACAAAUGAAAGAUAUUUAUUUAAUUGAAACAUUAAUGGAUACAGAUUUAUCUCAAUUAAUUACACAUCAAAAUGGUUCAAAAAUUCUAUCGGAUGAUCAUAUUCUUUAUUUUACUUAUCAAUUAUUAAGAGGUGUCAAAUAUAUACAUAGUGCUAAUGUUUUACAUCGUGAUUUAAAACCAAGUAAUUUGUUAUUAAAUCGAUCAUGUGAUUUGAAAAUUUGCGAUUUUGGUCUUGCUCGUACAGUAGACGACAAAGCAAGAGAUGAUGGUUUAUUAACAGAAUAUGUUGCAACACGAUGGUAUCGUGCACCAGAAAUAAUGGUUAGUCAACGCUGUUAUCAUAAAUCGAUUGAUUUAUGGUCAUGUGGAUGUAUUCUUGGUGAAAUGCUCCUUGGUAAACCAUUAUUUCCUGGUCGUCAUUAUGUUGAUCAAUUAAAUCAUAUUUUUUCAAUAAUUGGUUCACCAACAAAAGAUGAUUUAGCAUCGAUUCGUGAUCCAAGAGCUUGUUCUUAUAUAAGUCGAAUGCCAUUUAAAGCAAAACGUACUUUUAGUGAUUUAUUUCCUCGAGGAAGUUCACUUGCUUUUGAUCUACUUGAUAAACUAUUAACAUUUAAUCCAUCAUUAAGAUAUACAGCUGAACAAGCAUUAAGUCAUCCAUAUUUAACUCAAUAUUCAGAUCCAGAUGAUGAACCAAUAUGUUCAAUACCAUUUUCAUUGAGUGAUGAUAUGACUUGUGUUUGUACAAUAGAUGAUUAUCGUCAAUUUAUCUUCGAUGAAAUUCAAACAUUUUCACCAAACAAUUGA